AGAGAAGUUCCUUCCACAGCCAAAGUGCCCCGUAGAGGUGUUUUCCUAAACACUGUGCUCUUUAAGUUACUCACUUCCCUUUCAGUCCUUGCACGCAGGGGAACAAGGUCGUGAGGAAAGGAGCACGAGGUGUGCUGCCUCCAUUUCUUCUGCCUUCGGUUUGUGAGCUUUUCGCAGGGCUUCCAACAGCGCUAUGUUGGGACAAAGCAUCCGGAGGUUCACAACCUCUGUGGUCCGUAGGAGCCACUGUGAGGAGGGUCCAGGGAAGAAUUUACCAUUUUCAGUGGAAAACAAGUGGCGGUUACUAGCUGUGAUGACUUUGUACUUUGGGUCUGGAUUUGCUGCACCUUUCUAUAUAGUAAGACACCAACUGCUUAAAAAAUAAUCCAUGAGACAGAUACAAAGAGGAGCAUUUAAAG